AUACCCUCGCCGGCACCUUUUACUUUUGUUUGUCGUUCGGCGGUUCGUCGAAAUUGGCCGUGGAGGUGUUCAGUUUACCCAGAAGCCCGCGCUGUGGGGGUGCAUCCGGCUUGGUCCCCGGAAGCCGGCUUGGCUCGGCCGUCGUUAUGGUGAUGGGUGGCUUCAGCCUCCUCUGGUUACACGUUCUCAGCAUCUCGGCUGCUAAGAUGAAAAUUGUAGAAGAGCCCAACACCUACGGGCUGAAUAAUCCUUUCCUGUCCCAAGUAAACCGGCUUCAACCAAAAAUCAAUCCUGCUGCCAUUUCAGGCCCCCCUCAUCUGCACAGACUUGCCGGGAAAUGCUUCAGUAUGAUCGAGUCAUCGUACAAGUAUGAGUUCUGUCCUUUCCACAACAUUACACAACAUGAGCAGUCAUUUCGCUGGAAUGCAUACAGUGGGAUCCUGGGAAUAUGGCAGGAAUGGGAGAUUGAAAACAAUACCUUUGUGGGAAUGUGGAUGAAGGAGGGAGAUUCUUGUGCCAGCAGGAACAGACAGACCAAGGUCCUUUUAACAUGUGGAACCAGCCACAAACUGGCACACGUUUCCGAGCCCCACACUUGCAUCUACUGGCUGACCUUCGAGACACCAUUGGUCUGCCAUCCCCAAUCCUUACUGGUUUACCCUAAUCUGAAGGAGGAGCUGCAGAGGAGGUGGGACCAAGCGGAACAGUCACUUCACGAUGGCCUCAUUACUCAGCAAGGUUACAGGAAAUUGCUGCGAGCAAUAUUUGAAGAUGCAGGUUACUUGAAAACUGGUCACUUGAAAACUGGUCAAGUGAAAACAGAAACUGAAGAGCAAAACCACUUGCAAGAGGAGACCCUAGACAGAUGCACUGAGGAGCGGAAUAAACUCUCAGCAGAAGUGCAGAGACUGAAGGAUAUACUGAAACACCACAACAUAUCCACAUUCCUGUCUGCGAGCGAGGAAACGCCUGCAUUGACCACACCUCAAAUCCUAGGGAACAAACGACGGCGGGGGGACCCAGGGGUUCCGAACGAGUUGCCGUGAGCAGCAGCUGGAUGGUCUGGGCCUUGAUAUAGGCAUUAGUGCCGCUGGUGCCGGUACUGCUGAUUUUUUUUUGCCAAAGGGGAUUGGACUUUAUUCUGAGUAGACAGAUUUUAAUUGGUUUCUACAUCCCAGAUGUGAAAUAAAAUGUUCAGAUUAGAGCAAGAUCGAGAACAGUGAAGGGGUGCAAGGGGUUAAACUUUCAAAAAGCGAAAACUGUAGCUGGCAAUCAAAUAAAACAAGAAAUGCAGAAGAUAAUUAACACGUGAGCCAGCAGCGUGGAGAGAAACAGAAUGUUUCAGGUCGCUAGCCUUACAUCACAGUGAAAUGUUAAUGGAUUACUUUAUCCAAAUUCAUAAAAUUAAAAUCGACCUUGAAACAGAAGUGGAAUUUUUUUUAAAAUGUAUAUUGAGUGGAAUAACUAAGAGAGUCAAGGUUAAGGGAGGCGUCUGAGUUGCCAGUGAGGGUCGGAGCAGCGCCUGUUCCUGAACCACUUCUAAACCACAGCCGGAUCCUGGGUGCCUUGGAGGGAGUGGGUGGGCACCACAUUGCAUCCUCGAAGUGAAUGAAGGCCAGCCGUCGUUUCCUUUUACUCCCUGUGUCGGCUUCUGUAGGUCUAGGUGGAAACCUAAAGCUGCUGCAAUAAGCAGGAAUUGACGGGUUACGAUACGUGCCUAUCCAGGGCUCUCCUUGGUAUUGCAAGGCUGCGACUCACAGGAAGCAGCGUCGCAGAACAGCUUCUCAGCGUUCAAACAAAAACCCUAUACGGCGACCCCAACCAGACAACUGGUCCGUUUUGAACCGCCCAACGGUCGGGACCUCACGCAAGAAGAACCACAUUCCCUCCCGUUUUUCUCUCCCUUCCCUCCCCACCAGCCUCGACCAAGUCAAAUGCUGUCGUCAGCAUGAUGGGAGAUUGGGACCGAGUGGUGGAUGGAUAUGACCCAAAGGUUUCGCUUUAGGUCGCAAUCUAAUGCCGAGGUAAUCCCGGACUAACCGUAGGUUGGAAACUUUUGAGGAAUAAGUGAGUUCCUGAUUUAUUUCUCAAAUCACGAUACUGUUUGUGAGCACUAGCUAUGUGCAGUUUGGAUGUGGCACUUCCUACAAGUGUGUAUGCAUUUUUUUUGAAAAAAGUACUUCAGAAGCUUCGGAACACUCCCAGGUAAUGAUGUUACAUAGAUGUACAUUCGAUCUAGAGCAAAAUAAAUACGCAGCCACUUUAUUUCAGCUGCGCCUAUCCUUUUAUUUUCACACUACCUCCCCUCCACCCACCCCAAAUUGAAAGUUCAAGUGAACUUCGUUCACCGUAAAGGUCCCGUUAUAUGCGCUCUACUGGACCCUCCGACAUGUGUUAGUGAUCCGCCAUUCUUCGAGCCGUUUGAGCCCGAGCACUUUGGCCUAAAAGCGCACUUUAUAGGCUGGUGCAGAGAAUUUUAAAGCAUUCGAUCUUUGUAUCAAUGCGUCUACUUGUUUCGUGGAACGAAGUUAGUUUGGUGAGCUGCGACCAAAAGGGGCGGUUUCUACUGCGUAGCGGAUUAACCGCUGAUCCGAUGUUAAACUGCAAUUUCGGACUGACGAUCUACCAGGGUAAAAAUAACGGCGGUUUUUAUGCUUGUGUAAGCAUUUCUACCCUAGAAGCACAACGCUACCAACUGCAGGGAGGGCUGGUUGACAGACAUUGGAAAAACACUAUUUACUCUGGCUAUAGCAAUGAAUAAAAAAAUCCCCAACUAUUUAUCCUUUUUGGAGUAACAAUCUACUGGAGGAUCUCAGCAGGUCCAGCAGCAUCUGUGAGAGGAAAGGAAUCGUCGACCUUUUGGGCCCAAACCCUGCAUCAGGAUUAUUUAAAGUUGCCGUUACUGCCAAUGUUGUUUAGUAAAUUGCACUACUACUAAAGCUAGCAUUGUGUAACGUGUUUCCCAUUGAGCAUUGGGAACUAUACUCGUACGGGAUGAAUAGUACUGCUGAUUCCCAAAAUUGUAACCUGUCUGUGAGGGGAGAUUGAAGACAGACGACACGGAUUGAAAGCAAUGAUUUUAUAGUAACAGCAGAAUUUGAUCCAGACUGUACAGCCUAAAAAAGAGAAACCGGCUCCUUAGCAACAUCUAAAAGAAAACUGAAGAAAGAGUUGACAGUGAAAAAAGUUAUUGACAUUGAUACUAAUUAGUUUUUCCUGAGCCCACCAGCCUCUGCCACUUCUAAUCCACAGCAAAUGGUUUAAAUUGGAGUCCAGUACGAAGUCUAUUUAACUACUAUUGAAAAGCUCAUAAAAAUAGUGGUGGGAUUAAAAAAAAUCCCAAAUAGCACCAUCAUGUCCCUAUUUUUUCCAAAACGGAUCGUUUAUUUUUCUUCUCACGACUAGCUUAGUUCGCUUAAAGGAGGAGCACAGUGAAGUUUAUCCACCCGGGAAAUUCUCUCUUCUCUUCCAUCGGGUAGAAGAUACAGGAGCCUGAAGGCACGUACCACCAGACUUGGAUAGCUUCUACUCCACUGUGAUAAGACUAUUGAACAUUUCCCUUAUACAAUGAGAUGGACUAUGACCGCACGAUCUACCUUGUUGUGACCUCGCACCUUAUUGCACUGCACUUUCUCUGUAGCUGUGACACUUCACUCUUAGCUAUUGUUUUUAUCUGUGCUACAUCAAUGCACUCUGUACUGACUCAAUGUAACUGCGCUGUGUAAUGAAUUGACUUGCAGGAUCGGUUUGCAAGGCAAGCUUUUCACUGUACCUCGGUACAAGUGACA